UUAAGAAACUGCCCCGCCCCACUCCGCCCUCGCGGAGCCCCGCGGACUCUCAGGCCGAGGGACGGCGGGACGCGCUCGGGAGCCACCGGCCACAGGCAGCUGGCCCGACGGACGGACGGACGGACGGACGCGGACCCGCUCCGGGAGCCCGGCCCUGGUCCAGCUUGAGCAUCAUCCCCCUCUUUGGGCGCUUCUGACAGAGAUGUGAUCCUGCCUCCCACCCGGGAAGGACUCCUUGGAAUUCGUGCCCCGGCCCGGCCUCCCGGACUGGCCAUGACCUGCGACCGAAGGGCGGCUUCCUCUUUCCGGUACGGCGUGACCAUCACGGGGGCGGUGGUCCUGGUCACCGGGACGCUCUGCUUCGCCUGGUGGAGCGACGGGGACGUGGAGAGCCCCAGGGCCAGAGCUGCCCUCCCCGGGAGGACCGCGCCCCCCCCAAGCGCCCCCCCGGGCGCCCCCCCGAGCGCGCUGCUGAGGUCUGUCAGCUUCUUCUGCUGCGGCGUCGGGGGGAUGCUCCUGCUCUGGGGCCUGCUCUGGUCGGCCAAGGCCAACGUCCGCGCGGCUCCCCGCUUCUACCGCGGCCGGCUCCCCGCCGACCUGGGCUACUUCGCAGCCGAGCCCGCCCACAAGUGGAGCUCCAGCAGUUGGUCGUCUACCUCUGUGCCCACCUAUGAGAUGGCCGUGACACAUAGCCCCCCUGUCCCAGAAGAGGAGGAGAACGGACCGCCCCCGUACAGCGGGGCUCACGACCUGAGACCGGCAGGACUGAUGCGAAGCAUCUCCGACGGGGCGCUGCUUGUGACUCCCCAGCCAGAAACAUGGAGGAACCAAGGGACGGCCUGGGCCAGCCCCCCACCCAGCUACGAGAGCCUCGACGCCCGCGGCCUGUGACCCACAGCCAGCCCAAGCCAAGCUCUCUUUUCAGAUGCUCGAUUGCUGGCACUGCCAGGCGGAGGCUGCCCAGGAACCUCCCCCAGGGAGGUGUUCAAACCCAGACUGGUCUCUGUACCUCCCCGGGGACAACCUCUGGUAACGGCGAACAGCUGGGAGUCAAGGGCUCGAGUCCAAGAAAGCUUCGGGCUUAGCUCCUUGCUGGGCCACUGACUCGGGUGUGACUUGGCCCAAUGCUUCGCUUCCCUUAUUUUUUCUUUGAUGAAAAAUGGGAAUUUUAGUCCCUGUCCUCUAGACCCCUGAUGGAUGUUGGGAACAUCAGUGAGAAAAAUGAGUGAAAAUAAUUUAGUGACCUAGAAUACGAUAGAGAUGGGAGGGGUUUGUUCCAGAGAAGCAGCUGAGGAUGGGGGUGGAUCAGUGUCUCUGUGACCCCUCAUGUGCUACAUCUCAUUGCUCUUCUCCCACCAACUCCCAAGAGACAAAACGGAGAGAAGAAAAGGACCCAGAACAAAUCACUUCUCUCAGCCUCGGUUUCUUCUCUGUAAGAUGGGAGCAUCGUCUCUGCCCUCUCGACUGUAAAGGUCGAACCAGCCAGUUGGAGUUAUCAGAUCCCAGAACUUUAGUUUGAACCGGGGUGUGGUUAGAUGAGGGGAGAUCUGGGGGCCAGGCACUGAUGCUGACCCGGUGCGGAUCCUUCCCCCGGGGAAACCCGAAGAGAGCCGGCUCCGUGACGUUGGAAGGAAAGGGGAGGAAGGCACAGAGGGAGCCCAGGGAGGAACUGAGAAGAAGAGGGUGGCCCACAGGGCUGUCUGCAAUGAGCCUUGGAUUUUAUCUGAGUAACUCCUUUCUGAUAGGCCUGAGGAACAACGUGUGCCUGAGGGAGGGCAUGGAGAAGGGCAGAGUUCUCUCCAUCAUGGAGCUGACAAUCUGAUGGAACUGAUUGGUGUGGAAGAGCUGGGAGAGGCCUGAGAACAGGAAUAUCAGGACUGGGAAGGGCCUAGAACGGGGGAUAUCAGAGCUGGGAGGGAGCUUAGAACAGGAUGUCAGAGCUGAGAGACCUAUUCAGCUAAAAAGAAAAAUGAAGGGCAUUCCACUAGCAAACAGCCCAGUUCCUUUGACCCUUGGGCCCUCCUAUCAUUUCCCUUCCUUUUCUGGUGGGUUCCCUGAUCCUUAUAAGAGGGGCUUUCCCUGAGACUGAGGACUCUUUUCCCCCAUGAAUCCCCAGCACUGAGCAUGUAGUAAUUGAUUAAUAAAUGCUUCUUGAAUGGAAAUGA